GGGUCAACCCGCGGGUUGACAACCUUGCUUCCCAUACAUGGUUUUAGCCUAUUUCCUUACAAGAACUAACAGAUGUCCUUGUCCAACAAGGACAACUACUAAUUAUCUUAUAUGUAAAAAGCGACUACACUUUAUUUUGCCAACACUGUUUCAUUAUUUGUCGUGUUGUGGUUGAGGCCCAAUAGAACUUCUUCCGAUUUGUCAAGUUUUGCUCUCUCGGACUUCUUCGGCUGCCGCACGUCCUCCUGCAUCUAAUCACUCUGGGGCGAUUCACAGAGACAGAGUUUGACGGUUCCGUGCGGCUACUCCCACACGCCACCACCAUACUUUCUACAUUCACCGUCCCCUCACAACUCAUCCCAAAAUCCCCAACUGCGGUGCCUUCCGUCCUUGCAGCAAGAGCCCAUGCCUUCCCUUCGCGAUCGUACCCCAGCAUCCGCAAUUGCAUCCCGUCGUGUCCCUGUCCAAAAAUCCGCAGCUGCAUUCUUGUCCUUGGUCGUGGGUCGUGGCCGUACUUUCUCCAGACUUUCUGGAUCUUUGUCGUUGCUGACACACGCCACCGCCCAUGGAACCUCUUCACAGAUGGUCAGGCACGGCAACACCCAUGAAUCGGUCAGUUCUCACCUUGCUCCAUUCGAUUAGGGGCCUACCGUUGCAUAAAGGACGAUUUAUCUCCUCUGGCUUCUUUCCGAUUGUUUUCUCACUCCCCUCUACAGACCCAGCUUUUCGACCACAGUUCUUUUCCAUCAAAUUGCCUCUCUUCUACUUUCAGAUUUGCUGCUGAAUCAGACUGAGCGAAGGUCUGCCUGUGACCAUAGACAAGGGAUAUCGUUGUAGGUGCCACUGUCUCUCCUCGAUGCCUCCAUGACAACUCUUUUCCUCCCCUCUCUGAACCAUAUGGCCUUUGUUUGCAGGUUUUGAGGUCGACCUGUGUUCGGAGGUAGAUAAUUGGCCUGAAACUCAUAGCAGGAGACCAGACCACACCCGACGGCUUUCUGGAUCUCUCUUGCUCUCUCUAGAUCCAGUAGUGGCGAAACCAACGCAGACGGAUAAAAUCAUCUAAUGGUGAGCUCUUACUUCUCUGCGUCUUUGUUAAUAUUGUUAAUUUCAAUUUCUCAGUUUUAGACUCUCGCUGCAGAGCACGUCGGUGUCAAUUAAUAUUCUAAUGAUGUGAUUUAUAUGCCAUGGGGUGGGACAACCGGUGGCGGUGAUGGAGCACCAGAAGGCCGAUGUGGAAGUUGGUGGAAGAAGGAAGAAGCUCGGCGGCAGUCGAGGAGGGGAAAAAGACCAGAAAGCAAAAAAGCCACUGAGAGGGGACCUGUCAAGUUGGAGCAUAGUUGUCGGAAGAGAGUUAACAGAACUGAGAUUGAAGCCAAGCCCAACUGGAGUUUCGAGUCUCUAUUGUCGGAGGUUGAUUCGCUCGAGGAGAAGCUUAGUUGGAUGCCCAAUUUCUCGGUACCUUACUAAAAAUCAAUCUAGGUGCUGAAUCCUAUUUCCACGUAGUUCAAAAUAAAUAAUCCAAAACUCGAUUCCUGUGAUUUGGAUUGGUUUUCGUCGUUAACUUUGAGAGAUUUUUUGUGUUAUUUUCCUACAGGAUAUCCGGAUCAAAAUCAACCAAAUGCUGUUUCUCUGCUUUCAGAUUCCUGCAAGUUACUAUAGCCAGCAAAUGAUGGAGGAAAUGGCCUUCUUGGCUUAUAAUCGGGCUCUUAAGCUCUAUUUUAUGAUAAUAAUAAUUCUUCACCAUUCUAAAUUUUAUUAAUUUAACUGCUUUGCUGCUGCUACAAUACCAUAUCAGAAAGGUUGUUUGCAUAUCUGGAGUAGGGAGGUAGUCUAUUUAUAUUAACCAAAUUGUUCCUAUCAAAUUCAGCUAAAGUUUUGCCAUGUACAUGUUCGUCCUGCAAAUUUUCUAGAUGCAAAUUGUUUCUGUUUCCCUCUUUGCUCUGUGUGCUUAAGUUGAAGUUUGUACAUAUAAAUGUUUUCUAUAAUUUUCAGUUGGUUUAUGUGUAGGUGGCAGUCAAUGAUGUUCUAACAGUUGCUGAUAUGAAGUUGUGCCAGCCAAUGAUGUGUAAGUGAUGUUCUGUGUUUUGGGAUGGUAGAUGGAUAUAAGGAAUUUUAAUCUUUAUGACAGUUAAGUUUUCAAUUGCUUUUCUCUUUCUGGGUUUUGUUUCAAACCAACUGGAUCCUGAAUGCUAUUUGUUGCUUCAUUGGUUUGUAAUUUGUUAGGUCUUUGUCAACCUCAUGUUUGUCCAAUGCCGAGUCUAAUCCUAGCUAAUGUAUUAUGUGAAGUUUAUGUUGGAUUCCAUGUGAAUAACUAUUACAAUUAGUUGAUGCCCCACUUGAUUCCAGUUUCAAAGCAUAAUUUGGAUUUGUACAAAACACAGUACUUAUAGCAGAGUGUUCUAGGAUGAGCCGAAGUAACGUUAUGUGAUGAGUUUGUCAUUAAAAGGUUAGGUGUUAACCAUUGCCUCUGUUUUUGUGUGAUUCUGAUGUACGGGCAACGAAAGAGUUUUGUGUUCACAUUCUACUCUUAACCUUUUCGCGAUUUCAAUUUGUGGCUUUUUCUUUCAUUUAAUCUUGCAUGCGUAAGGUUGCUUUGUGCCAAGCUCUACUCUAUAAAAUGUUUUUUCUCUUCCUCUUAUAGAAGUGAUGAGUCGGUUUGAUUUUGCAUUCUUUAGGUGCUUUUAUGGAAACGGAUGGUUAGCUGUGCUUAGGAUGAAAGCGGGAAUAAAAACUUUUUAACUUGAUUUGGUUUGAAGAAAAAAAGGAACCAAAUUGUUUGUUGAUGGAAAGUAAAGGACCCCAAGAAGAAAAAGGUUGGUCAGGAUAGGUCAUUGUGUAACUCGAGGGGAUAUGAUCAUGCUGUUGCAACUUUAGUUCGGGUAUUGAUUAGUUGAUGAAAUGACCAUAAACAUGACUCUCCAACUCCUUAUUUGAUCAUAAACUAAACUGUCCAUC